AUGCUCAAUCUCGCGUUUGGAUGGAUCUGGAUCACGAUGGGAUUCGUCGCUGGUGCUGUGCUUGGGAUGGGGUUCCACAAGGACGAGUUCAUGGGCGGCUACAACUCCUGGGCUCGCCGACUGACUCGGCUCGGACACAUCGCGUUCUUUGGGACGGGUUUCCUGAAUGUCUUGGUGGGGCUCACGGGCCUGCUGUUCGGAGAGUCGUACUUGGAUGCUCCGAUCUGGACAUGGAUCUCGAUCUCGUUCUUGCUUGGCGGAUGCUGGAUGCCGAUUUGCUGCUUUGUCGUCGCCGUGAAGAAAGAAGCGAAGACGAUCUUUGUGAUCCCAGUUGUGCUGCUGACUGUGGGAUUCGUCGAACGCUCCGAAGUGAUCGCAUCGCUCCCAUCGCUCGGACUGCUCACGCUCGCGGCACUCACUCCAGACGAUAUCGAGAUCUCCUACCACGAGGUGGAUGAUCUGCAGCGCGAUCGUGUUCCUGAUUUGGGAUUCGAUCUCGUCGCGAUCUCUACGAUGACCGCCCAAGCGUUCGACGCGUACACACUCGCUGAUGAGUUCCGUGCAUCUGGAAUCACAGUGGUCAUGGGAGGUCUGCACGCGACCUGUGUUCCUGAUGAAUGCAUGCAGCACGCCGACGCGGUUGUGGUGGGGGAGGGAGAAUCAGUCUGGGCGCGGCUCAUCGAAGACUUCCGCAAGGGACAGCUGCAACCCAAGUAUGAAUCCGAUGAUUCGUAUUCGCUCGAUGACGCGCCGAUGCCGAGGUUCGAUCUGCUCGACAUCGACAAGUACAAUCGGCUCACAGUCCAGACCACACGCGGAUGUCCGCACAAGUGCGACUUCUGCGCGUCGUCGAUCAUGCUCACGCCGAGCUACAAAGUGAAGCCGACCCACAAGGUGAUCGAGGAGAUCCGCGCGAUCAAAUCGAUCUGGGACGAUCCCUUCAUCGAGCUCGCGGACGACAACUCGUUCGCGAGUCGAGGGAGAGCGUACGAACUGCUCGAAGCGAUGAUCCCUGAGCGCGUGCGAUGGUUCACAGAGUGCGAUGUCUCGAUCGCGCGUGAUCCGACGCUGCUCUCGCUCAUGGAGCGAGCGGGAUGCCGACAAGUCCUCAUCGGUCUCGAAUCACCCAACGAGACCGGUCUGGACGGCAUCGAAACAAACAACAACUGGAAACUCGCUCAAUAUCCCAAGUACGAAGAAGCGGUGCGCACCAUCCAAUCGCACGGCAUCACGGUCAUCGGAUGCUUCGUGCUCGGACUCGAUGGACACACGCCCGCGACAUUUGAUGCCGUGUAUGACUUCGCGGAGCGGACGAAUCUGUACGAUGUGCAGGUGACGCUGCAGACGCCGUUCCCAGGAACGCCGUUGUACCAUCGGCUGGAAGAUUCGGGAAGACUCACGCACGCGGGGCAAUGGGAUCGCUGCACGCUGUUUGAUCUCAACUACGAACCGAUCGGGAUGACAAGGGAUGAACUGGAAUCGGGAUUCCGCGAUUUGGUUUCCAGAAUCUACGAUCCGAAGUUCAUCAAACGUCGUCAGCUCGGAUUCCUCAAGCAGCUCCGAUCAGUCGGCUGA